GAAUUGCAUUGUUAAGAAAGAUUUUCAACACUCAGUGUGUCAUUUCCUUUCUUCAUGUAUCAGAUGCUGAAAUACUAUGUGAUAAAGAUUUUACAUUUCAAUUGUAAAAAGUGGGAAGUGGAUAAAUCAGUUCAGCAGUCUUUAGGACAAACAGUAAAAGGGAUGGCACAGUGGGAUAGCUUUCCUGAUCAAGAUGGGGACACUGACAGCUGCUCAGAAUCUGUGAAGUUUGAUGCUCGAUCCGUGACAGCUCUGUUACCUCUGAGUUUUAAAAAUGGCCCUGCCUUUCCAAAGAAACUGAAGUCCGUCAAAGCUGCCCUGAUUGCCCUUUAUCUCCUUGUGUUUAUAGUCCUCAUACCUAUCCUUGGGAUACUAGCAGCUCAACUCCUAAAAUGGGAAAGGAAGAAUUGCACAGUUGGUUCAAUGAAUGCCAGUGAUUCAUCUCAGAGUCUGAUGGGAAAAGGAAAUGACCGUGAAGAGGAUAUAAAAUUCCGAGAAGUUGUCACAGGAAACUUGAGCAGCAUGGAGAAAAGAAUCCACUAUAUUUCAGAUGCACAAGCCAAUCUCAUAGAUUCAGAGCAUUUCCAAAAUGUCAGUGCAAUGACUAAUGAAAGAUUUGAUGAUGUUCUUCUCCAACUGAGAACCGUGGCUUCCUCAGUCCAGGAACAUGGAAAUGAAAUAGACGAAAUCUUCAAGUCAUUAAUAAGUCUGAACAGCACAUUACUUGCUUUGCAGCUCAGUAUUGAAACACUGAAUGGCAAAGUCCAACAGAAUGCAGUUAAACAACAAGAGGAAAGGACUAAAUUAGAGGAGCGAGUGCACAAUGCAUCAGCAGAAAUUAUGUCUAUGAAAGAAAAACAAGCACUUUUGGAACAGGAAAUCAAAGGAGAAGUGAAACUGUUGAACAACAUCACUAAUGAUCUUAGACUGAAAGAUUGGGAACAUUCUCAGACACUGAAAAAUAUCACUUUAAUUCAAGGGCCUCCCGGACCCCCAGGUGAAAAAGGAGAUACAGGCUUUGUUGGACAACCUGGCCACCCAGGCAUGCCAGGUCCAGUGGGUCCUCCAGGUCCUAAAGGUGAUCGGGGACCAAUUGGCUUUCCUGGAAAUCGAGGAUUCAUAGGACCAGCAGGGAAGACUGGGAGGCAAGGAAAUCCUGGACAAAAAGGCCAGAAAGGGGAAAAAGGGAGUAGAAGCAUGGCAUCUCCACCUCGGACAGUGCGACUAGUCGACGGCAGUGGCCCUCAUGAAGGCAGAGUGGAGAUUUUCCACAAUGACCAGUGGGGCACAGUUUGUGAUGACCACUGGGAGCUGCGCAGUGGACUGGUCAUCUGCAGGAGUCUGGGCUACCGCGGUGUUUUAACUGUGCACAAGGGAGCCAGUUUUGGACAAGGUACUGGUCCAAUAUGGCUGAAUGAAAUAUUUUGCUUUGGGAGGGAAUCAUCUAUCGAGGACUGUAAAAUCCGACAGUGGGGUGUGAGAGCCUGUACCCAUGCCGAAGAUGCUGGAGUCACUUGUGCUUUAUAACGUAUUAUAUUUCAUUCACAUUUAUGAAAUUGCUGCAAAAUGAUUUUUAUUACUUUUCUCCAUUAAAUUAGUUUAAUGAAUAUUUAAGAGAUUAAGAAUAUUGCCCCAAAAUACAGAAUAUUUAAAAGUCACUGGAUAAACAUAUUAAAAACCUUCAUAAUUAUUAUAUGUUUGUUUUUGAACCAUUUUAACAUCUAAGUUGCCGAAUGGAAUUCUAUAAUGAUUUAUACAUUGAAUUGCAUAUACUGAAUUUUAAGAUUCUAGAUUAUAAAUGUCAGUAAUAUGGAAACAAUCUCAAUCAAUGGUUCCAAUUCAUAUCUUCACCAGGAGAUUUUUAUAGUUUUUUUCUUCUUUGUAAUCUAUUUAGUUGAUUUUAAUUGAAUAACUUUCUGAAUAAUGAAAAGGUUGAGAAAAUUUCUUUGGUGUCAAGUUCGCAAAAUAUUUAAUUGAUGCAUAUUUUUAAAGAAAAAAAUCUUACCCAGCUGUCUAGAUGUCUAAUGAGCAAUAACUUGGCUGUAAAUGGUACAUUUUGGUCAUGUAAAACUUUUAUCAGAAGGUUUUGCAAGAUUAUGUAUUAACAUGGUAAAUAAUAACAUACUUAAUAGCAUAUUUAUUAACAAU